AUGUUCCAAACCGCCCGCUGCUCCCCUCUUUUCUUCCGACUCCCCACACUUCUCUUCCGUCCCAGAUUCCAUUCCACCAUGACCGCCCUCAUUGAAGAAGCCAAGCGCGCGGCCGCAAAGGUCGCCGUUGAGAAGCACUACCCUCAGGAUGCCCGCUGGGUUGGUAUCGGCAGUGGUACCACCAUUGUCUAUGUGGUUGAGGCCAUUAAGGCUCUCGGCGUGGACACCUCCGCCACCAAAUACGUCCCGACCGGUUACCAGUCCAAGCAGUUGAUUAUCGGCGCCGGUCUGACCGCCGUUGAAUUUGACAGCAUUCCCUCCGGUACAAUCUUUGACGUGGCUUUCGACGGUGCUGAUGAGGUUGACGAGGACCUGAACUGCAUUAAGGGUGGCGGCGCCUGCUUGUUCCAAGAGAAGAUCGUCGCUAUGCAGGCCAAGGAAUUCGUCUGCGUUGCCGAUCACCGCAAGCUCCAACCCCGCCUCCUCACGGGUUGGAAGACCAUCCCCAUUGAAGUCGCCCCCAUCGCCGCCCACCGCGUUCUCCUCAAGCUCAAGGACCUCGGCAGUGUCAACCCAUUCAUCCGCGUUUCCGCAAGCGAAAAGGAAGGCCCCCUCAAGACCGACCAGGGCUUCUUCAUUGUCGAUGCUCCUUUCCCGCCCUUGUUGAUCAAGUCCGAUGUCGCCGCUGGCAAGGAUGUUCAUGGUAAGGAUGGCGUUUGGGCCGUCGAGGAGCUGGCCCGCAAGAUCAACGAGAUUGCGGGUGUGCUUGAGGUCGGUAUCUUCCACGGCCAAACCGGCCCUCAGGCUACUGCCGCUGGCGGUGUUGGUGGACAGCGACCCGUCGCAGCCUACUUCGGUAUGGCCGAUGGGUCGGUCUCCGUUCGCAAGGCCGAGUAG